GCCACAGGGAGGACGGCGGGCUGGGCCGCGCACAUGGGAAUCCGCCGGCCUGGGGAGGGGGAUGUGUCGGGGGUGGGACGGCCUCCGAGAGAGCCGCUGGCGGGCCCUGCUGCGCUGGGUGAGGGGUCGCGGCCCCGGGGCUGAGCAAGCCUGUCUUGCCGAGCAGUUUGCCCAUCCCGGCCGAGCGGCUCCGGGUGUAGACGGGGCCCCUCUUGCACGGCGCGGGGCAGCAGAAGGCCCAGGACGCGGGUGGGGACAGGUGCUGGACGCCGGGUGCCCCGGGCGGGCGGGGAGGACCGGCGGGUAGGCUCUGUGCUCGAGGCCCCCUCCUAGUGGAGACACUAAUGGAGAGGACCAUUGCUGUGGCUGGAGUCCUAUGAAGAGAGCCAGGCGCCGUCGCAGGUCGCGGGAGGAGGCGUCCAGGACCCGCGCCGGCACGGCGGGAAGGGUGCGCGGCGGGGGCCGAAGCGCCGAUCUCGGGCGACCGGGCCGGCGGAGGAGACCCGCUCCAAGUGCGCGAGGACCACGCCCCACCCCGCCCCGCGCCGCCGUGCCGGCCCCAAUCCCGGCGCCGCAGCCCAGGGACCGGCUGCUUGUUGGGGCCGGCGGAGAACUACACUUCCCGCCAUGCCUCGGCGGCUCCCCCUGGACCGCACCUGCGACGGAAGAGGCCGCCGGAGAAGGCGCGUCAUUUCCGCUGCGCGACUGGGCCCACGUUCUGUAGUCGUGAGCGGAGGCCUGGGACAGCGUCCGGUUUCCGGUUUCGCGCGCGCGACGGAAGUGACGCGAGCGGCGCGCCGCGGCGCCGAGCGUGGAGCCGGGGUCGCGAUGAGCCGUGUCCUGCGGGCGCCGGCUGCCGGGGCCGUCCGAGCGCUGAGGCUCGCGCGCUGGUCUUCCCGAAGCCUGCAUCCGCCGCCCGGGGGCCGGGCUCGGGCGCCCGCGGCUGAGAGCGAGGAAGAGGACGACCCUAACCGCCCCAUUCAGUUUUCCUCCAGCACAGCCAACCCGUCCCGCUGGACGGUGGAGCAUUCCCUGGGAAAGGAGCAGCAGCGGCCCUGGAGGAGGGUGCUGCCCUUCAGCCUGUCCCUCAUGGUGCUCGUCAUCUGGUGCUUCUUUAGGGAGGAGACCACCGCGGACCGCUGGUUGAGAGGGGUGUUGGAAGAGGAGGCGCCGGAGCCGGGCGACCGUGCUGAGCAGGCUGGAGCCGCGGCUGCCUCGGGGGCGAGAACUUGACGGGCUGCCCGCGGGGCCGGCAGCGAGGGAACAAGCAGGCCACCCUCGGGCCUUGAUGCCGCGUUAGCCCGUUUCUGUCCCGGUUUUGGCGUCCCCAGCCUGAAGGACGGGAUGGCGCACCUGGCCGCGCGGACCCGGUGAAGGUGGAGCGGAGUGUCAGCAGGUCGGAACCGGCUCCCCGCCUGAUACUUGAUGCCCAUCGAAUGCGUCCAAAAGCCUUUGCAGAGCCAUAGGGAAGGUUCUGGUUGCCGCGUGUGCUCUUGGAUUUGUGCCGUCUUUGUAUAACGGUUGUCAUAUUCCGGAGCAAUUCUGGUGACACUUGUAAUCCAGUUUGCAGGUCGUUUGCUUUCUGAGACAGAGUAACUCGUAGAAGAGUUAAACUUUUAUUUUAUGAUGUACUGUGGUGUGUAUAAAUUGAUGUCAGUUUUACAAACUGACAAAUUAACAAUAAAUUUUAAUUUGAUCAUGCGGAAUUAA